GACCGACAGUCAGCAGCAGCAGCAGUAGGCAGUGAACACUGCAGUACAUGCGAGCGCACAACAACAUUCGCUCUUUCAGUCCGGGCUCCCGUUUUUUCCCCCACAACAGCGACGACACGGAGCAAAACAGACGAAGCGGCGGCGGAGACCAUUCCGACGUAUCCGGAAAUCCUGACUCCACGUUAGCUCGCGGACGGAGCUGUGUGCGGCACUCGUGGACUGCAGAGAAUUGGCACGUGAAGCGGCUUUAGCGUUUGAUUACUCUACAACGGUUGUUACGAUCACAGACGUCACACACCACAGCCAAAGGUGCAGCGGGGGCACGGCUGCUCUCAGGUCCGAACAAACCCGUCACCAUGGAUGUGGAUGAGGAGGAGAAUAUGAGUUCAAGCAGCACCGACGUAAAGGAAAACCGAAACCUGGACAACGUGUCCUGCAAAGAUGGGCAGGUGGCUGAACAGCUCCCCAAUGGAAGCGGGCUGAGCAGCCGAAAACGCCCCCUCGAAGAGGGAAACAAUGGACACACACACUCCAAGUUUCGGGCCAAGAAGCGCAAGAAAACCCCCGGGCCAGUUCUGCCCAAGAAUGCUCUGAUGCAGCUGAAUGAAAUCAAACCAGGUCUGCAGUACAAACUGCUGUCUCAAACAGGACCAGUCCAUGCACCAGUUUUUGUCAUGACUGUGGAGGUCAAUGGACAGAUGUUUGAGGGCAUGGGCCCAACAAAGAAGAAGGCGAAACUGAAUGCAGCUGAGAAGGCACUGCGUUCUUUUGUCCAGUUCCCCAAUGCUUCCGAGGCUCACCUGGCCAUGGGUCGAACACUGACGGUGAACACAGAUUUCACAUCUGACCAGGCCGAUUUCCCAGACAUGCUCUUCAACGGCUUUGAGACACCGGCUGCACCAGAAGAAUCCUUCUAUUUAGGCUCCAAUGGUAACAGCUCCUUAAACUCGCUAGGGGAGUACCCACUGCCCACACCACCUGGCAGCACCCUCGUCCAGGCCCCAUUGCCCCCUCCAUCGGCAUUCAGUUCGCCCUCCAGUGGCAAAAAUCCAGUCAUGAUCCUCAAUGAGCUCAGGCCAGGCCUCAAAUAUGACUUUGUCUCAGAGAGCGGGGAGAGUCAUGCCAAGAAUUUUGUAAUGUCAGUAACGGUGGAUGCACAGACGUUUGAAGGUUCAGGGCGCAACAAGAAGCUGGCUAAAGCCCGGGCAGCACAAGCCGCUCUUUCAGCUCUCUUCAACAUGCAGCUAGACCAGACACCAUCCCGGCAACCCAUACCCAGAGAGGGAUUACAGCUCCACCUACCACAGGUUCUGGCUGAUGCCGUCUCUCGCCUGGUUGUGGAUAAGUUCAGUGAGCUGACAGACAACUUCACCUCCCCACAUGCGCGGCGGAAAGUCCUAGCAGGGGUCGUCAUGACAACAGGGACCGAUGUGAAGGAAGCACAGGUCAUUUGUGUCUCCACGGGAACCAAAUGCAUCAAUGGUGAGUACAUGAGUGACCGUGGCCUGGCACUCAACGACUGCCAUGCCGAGAUAAUCGCCCGACGCUCGCUCAUCAGAUACCUCUACACUCAGCUGGAGUUCUUCCUCAGCAACAUUAAGGACGAACACCAGAAGUCGAUAUUCAUGCACUGUGACAAGGGAGGCUACAGGUUAAAGGACAAUGUUCAGUUCCACCUCUACAUCAGCACCUCGCCCUGCGGAGACGCCAGGAUCUUCUCGCCACACGAGGCCGGAGUGGAAGACCAAGGAGACAGACAUCCGAACCGGAAAGCACGGGGCCAGCUGAGGACCAAAAUCGAGUCGGGGGAAGGUACGAUCCCUGUGAGGUCCAGCAACACCAUCCAGACCUGGGAUGGCGUUCUGCAAGGAGAGCGGUUACUCACAAUGUCAUGCAGUGACAAGAUCGCCAGGUGGAAUGUGGUGGGCAUCCAGGGCUCGCUGAUGAGCUACUUCGCAGAGCCAAUCUACUUCUCCAGCAUCAUCCUCGGCAGCCUGUACCACGCUGACCACCUGUCUCGGGCCAUGUACCAGCGCAUCGCCGACAUCGAGGACCUGCCCCAGCAGUUCACGCUCAACAGGCCUUUACUCAGCGGUAUAAGCAACGCAGAGGCCAGGCAGCCGGGCAAAGCUCCCAACUUCAGUGUGAACUGGACAGUGGGCGACCAGGCGUUAGAGGUGAUCAAUGCAACCACGGGCAAGGACGACAUGGGCCGCGCUUCGCGUCUCUGCAAGCACGCCCUCUACAGCCGCUGGGUGCGCCUACACUGCAAGCUGUUACCCAUCUUGCGGAUCAAGGUGCUGAAGCCCAGCUCCUACCAUGAAGCCAAGCAGGCGGCCACAGAGUACCACUCUGCUAAGCUGGCGCUCAUCAAGGCCUUCCACAAGGCCGGCCUGGGGGCGUGGGUCAAAAAACCUAGCGAGCAAGACCAGUUCACCCUCAGCUCCUGAGGGAGUCAAGGGCAGCGAGGGAUUCCUAACCCAACUCCCAAACCACCAACCCCCUCCACCCCCCCACACACUCUUUCCACCUGACCCAGGCCUGAAAACAAUAGAGCCCCCUCAUUAACAGCCAGCCCACACUGACACCCGCCUCUGUCCCGCGUGUCGGUGCGCACGUGCUCUUUGUGCUCGUGGAAACAAAACUACGUGCGUACGUUCUCUCAAUCGUCCAUCGCUCCUCAUUCUCAUUCCUCAGAGGGCCUCGCCGUGUCGUCUUCAUUCUCCUUUUAUUUAGAUUUUUUUUUUUCUUGUCAUCUGUUUGUUUUUUUCUGUUUUAAACUGGAAUCUUUUUUUUUUUUUUUUUUUUUACAUCGCUGGGCUGUUUACGUUGAGGAAAUAAUAGUUUUCUUGAUCAGUGAUUGUAGCCAGUCUAGGGUGAAAUGUAGCCUAGAAACAAACGGGAUUUUUGUUCAGUAAAACCAGUGGUGUAUGCAACUAAAAGUAUAUAUACAUACAGAUAUAUAUAUAUAUAUAUAUAGACUAAUACAACAAAGAUUAAUUUAAAGAUGCUUAAAUCUUCAGGGUGUAAGUCUAGUAUUGAAAAGAAAUAGAUAGAUAAUUUAACGUGUGUUAUCUGGUCCGUUGCAUGGACGAGACGACGCGUUGUUUGCCCCCCCCCCCGUGUAUUACAGAGAAAAAAACUAUUAAAUAUUAUCGCCCUGAUUGAUUCACUGACUGGAAAGAAUACGCAGUGUAGGGCAGGACAGAUGACAAAGGGGUUAAUUAUUUAUACAUCUUUCAUAUUCACUUAACCAUUCAGCAGCCAUUCAUUCAUUCAUUCAUUUGUGCGUUUGUCCUGUAAGUUAUUUUAUGUCACUCUCAUUCCAUACUUGAACACUUUGGGUGGGGGGGUCAUGUUGACUCCUUCCCUGCGCCUGGGUCUCUGGGACAGGCUUUUUCGGGAGGUGCUGCACGUUGUAUUUUCUUCUUGAUCUAAGCCAUGGCUUUGCAUGGGAACUGAAGUUGGAGGCCUGCAGAGCAGAUAACACGGUGGAAGAGCCGCGCGCUCAUGCGCGUCCAUCAGUGAAUGAUUUUUUUUGAAUGAAUGCCAGCAUCUUCCUCCACAGGCAGCUUUGAAUCUCUGUCUCUGUUUUCUAGAUUUUCUUGUGAAUUGUUGUCUGUUGUUGUUGUUGUUGUUGUUGUUGGGGGGAGGGACUACUUUGUUUUUUUGUUUUCUUUUCUUUUUAAAGAUUGGGCAUUUUGAAGAUAGGGGGGCAACAUAAACGGACAGAUCUCAUCUCGAUGAUUCCAUGAUUAGUAGAAGGCAUGGUCUACUGGAUGUGUAGGUACUAGGGCUGUCACUUUUUAAAAAAACAACAAUUUCAAACGACUUUUAGGUGACACGAUAUUUAUUUGUUAGAAUGUAGAACCCGAUAUACCGAGUGUCCACUCAGGAGAACAAUUAAAGUCAGGGGUGUCAAACUCAAAUGACCUGAGAGACAAUGAGCAUCUAAUCUGGUCAACUGUUCAGUGCGUGAGCAAUAUGAGCUCAAAAUUAUUACAUUUAAUGCCAUCAUCAUAUUGCAGUGAUGAUAUUUCACAAAAUUUAAAAAAAGUCAAAGUUCUUUUUUUGGAAUAUGGAAGGAUGUAUAUACAAUCUUCGGGGCUGAUUCAACGAGGCUCUAAGGCCAAGUUUCACUCAGACCACUUAACAGUCUGAAGUGCUUCUAGGCUGCAUAUUUUAAACUCAAAAUAGUUUUUAAAGUUUUAGUUCCAAUUAUUCCCACUAAGUUUGAGCAAAUAUCCACAUUUUUGACCUGAAGUGACAGUCCGAGUAUGUGCUAAAGUGCCACAUACAGUAUUGUCAGUAUUGAAGCUCCAUUCACACGUGACGCCACAUUCUCUUAGUAAACAAGUAGACGAGCAGAGUCAGUAUCGUGCUGCUCUUAAUAGACCCUUAUCCGAGGCUACAACAAAACAUGUCAACGUGAUGUCUGUCCUGUCCUCGAGUCCAGAAACAUGUCGGUUCCAUGGAUCAAGGAGACGCAGCUCUCCGAAUGCAAAAUGUGUACAUGGGAACAAACGUCUGAGUAACUGCAGUGGAUUUCCUGAUUCAGAACUGUAGGAAACGUGUGUGUGUGUGUGUGUGAGCGUGUGUGCUCGCUCGUCUUUGAGCAUACUCUGUGGAAUCUUCACCAAAGAUGAUGAUGUCCAUGUGUGUUUCUAUCCCAGUGUUCCUCCUCAACCCUUUACUGUUUGUAAAUCCACUGAACAAAGUGUACGUCUCUCUCGAUUUGUACAAAACAAACGGUGUAUACAAAGACGAAAAAGAGAAUUGAAUUAUCGGGGCCACGUGUAUAGUAGUCACGUGCGUGUAUAUAAGGGGCGGCGGCGGCGACUAAACUCCCCCGUGCGGUCACGUCCUGCCACAGUUUUCCCGAUCUUCUCCCUGUCGUCGCAAUGGGGAAGAUGUUGAUGUUCCUCAGUAAGUAUUAGUGGUUCUGUGUGAGACUCACUGGGCACCGUAAAAGCAUGGCACGAACACUGCGGGAGGUGUGGGGGUGGGGAGAGGGCAGGGGGGGUGCUGGUGACGAGACUUCAUUACAGCUGUAGCCGCCCAUGUUUAAAAAGGAAAAAAAAAAAUAAUAUGCAUUUUUAAGGUGCCUCAGCUUAAAAGUGGCAUCCACCAGCUGGCACGUGUGAUGUCAUUUACUAUGUACUUUUAUUUGCUUUUAAUUUUUCUUUUCUUUUGUGUGGUUGUAUGAGUCAGUAUUUGAGGAGAAUGAACUUGAAGGUAGGGGGGGAAAAAAACCCCCAGUGGGAUCCAGUGCCACCUGACGAACAGACCCAGACCAAAGUCCCGAGCAAUACUCCUGAUGUUUCCCCUUUUUACAGUACGUCACUGCGUCACACACAGGAGUGUGAACUCAAGUCCUCCCCCCCCCCCAUUUUCCCCCCUCCUCUUAGAUUAUACUCCCUCCACAAAGCUGUCUGAGGUUUUUUGAUAUAUAUAUUUACUGUAUGUAUGUACAGUAUCUAUAUGAAAAAUGCACCUGCUUCUCGACUUUUCUUUGACCUUUGACCUUUGACUGCACUAAAGAUGUCAACCGAUGAUGUCAUGAUGAAAAAACCCGUCCCCGUUUAUGGAUCGGAUCUAUCACAGCAAGAACUGAAGUGCUUCUGCUUAAACCCCUUUGUGAAUCCUCAUUGUUCGGUGAACUCCCCUUCCUUCCUUCCCUCCUUCCUUCCCUCCUUCCCUCCUCCUACAGCUGUAGACUGUAGCGGGUUUUAUUUGAGUUUCAUGUUUUUUUGUUUUUUUGGGGGGGGUUUAGGUGACACCAGAGACACUUGUCCUCUCUGGGCCUCCCCCGUUCUCCCUCCUCUCCUCUUCUCCCCCCCCCAGUUGUCCGAUGUGUGAAAAUUGACACAACAAAAGUCCACAAACCUUUGCAUGUACUACCAACACUGAAGCUGCACCUAGCAUGAUGACAAACUUUUAAAGGACUCGUGUAGAAAAAAAAAAGAAUAAAAACUCUAAAGAUAGAUAUAUAAAAUGAACAAAAAGAAUAAAAGAGUUCUUAGUUUA